UUUCAGUUACGUUACUUUGGCCUUUCUCUUUCUCUAAACUGAAUGUGAAUUUUGACUAUGAACAUUGUGUUUGUGGACUUCCUAAACACUGACGUUUCUUCUACCUGCAGAUGAUCUGAAGAGCAGAAGAUCUGGGGCCUUUUUUUGUAUGGAAUGUUAUUGGAUUCCUCUUUAUUUACACAUAAACUCCUAAGACACAGGCACUGACUUGGUUUAUGUAGAGGAAGAACACAGAUCUUUUUCAAAAAUGAAGCGUGGAAAGUCUCGCCCAUCCAAGGAUGAUGGGAAAGGCCAAGAUGAACCAGCCAUCCUGGAGACAGAGGACCUGGACAAAGGUUUUGGCAGAACUCCCGACCCCGACACAAUCUCUUUAGCCUCUGUUACUGCUGUAACUACCAAUGUCUCUAACAAGAGAUCAAAGCCUGACAUCAAGAUUGAACCAGGUGCUGGAAGACCGAUGGAUUUUCAAAUAAGUGUGACGGUUAUAGAGUGCAGACAGCUUGUUGGGCUGAAUAUGGAUCCAGUGGUCUGUGUGGAAAUCGGUGAUGAGAAGAAGUACACUUCAAUGAAGGAAUCGACCAACUGCCCGUAUUAUAAUGAGUACUUUGUCUUCGACUUUCACCUCCCACCUGAUGUCAUAUUUGACAAAAUCCUGAAGUUGUCAGUCAUCCACUCCAAAAACCUGCUGCGCAGUGGGACAGUCGUUGGAACAUUCAAGAUGGAUGUGGGAACUGUUUAUUCACAGGCUGAUCACCAGUUCUACCACAAAUGGGCCAUUUUGUGUGAUCCUGAUGACAUCACUGCGGGGUGUAAAGGUUACGUCAAAUGUGACAUUGCUGUAGUGGCAAAGGGUGAUAAUAUUAAAACCCCACACAAAGCCAACGAAACUGACGAGGAUGACAUUGAGGGGAAUCUGCUUUUGCCAGAGGGUGUCCCAGCAGAGCGCCAGUGGGCACGGUUCUAUCUGAAAAUCUACAGAGCUGAAGGAUUACCCAAGAUGAACACCAGCAUUAUGGCCAAUGUGAAAAAGGCUUUUAUUGGUGAAAAUAAAGAUCUCAUUGAUCCAUAUGUUCAAGUGCAAUUUGCUGGUCAGAAGGGCAAAACAUCAGUCCAGAAGAGCUGCUAUGAGCCAAUCUGGAAUGAGCAGAUCGUUUUCACUGAACAAUUUCCACCACUGUGCAAGCGCAUGAAGGUUCAAAUCCGUGACUCGGACAAAGUAAACGACGUGGCCCUCGGAACUCAUUUCAUUGACUUGCGGAAGAUCUCCAAUGAUGGAGAUAAAGGCUUUUUACCAACUCUGGGGCCGGCCUGGGUGAACAUGUAUGGUUCAACACGGAGCUACACCCUGAUGGAUGAAUACCAGGACUUGAAUGAGGGACUUGGAGAGGGAGUCUCAUUCCGGGCUCGACUGCUGGUCAGCCUAGCUGUGGAAAUUCUGGACACCUCCUCUCCAGAAGUAAUGUGCUCGACUGAGGUGCAGGUGGAGGGGGUGCCCAAUAUUUCUGACAAUGCUGCUGGAAAAAUUGAGGAGUUUUUCUUGUUCGGAGCAUUCCUGGAAGCUACCAUGAUUGACAGAAAAAUUGGUGAUAAGCCCAUCAACUUUGAAGUUACAAUAGGAAACUAUGGAAGUGAGGUGGAUGAUACCCCAACCAAACCAAAAUCAAAGAAGUCAAAGAAAGGCGAUGGUGAUGAUGAAGAGUCAGAACUCAUCCAAGGCUCCAGUGAUGAAGAAGUAACUGACGAUGGAGAACUGGUGUCAGUCUCCACCACUCCACCAAUGAAACCAGUCAUCACUGACAGGAACUACUUCCACCUCCCAUAUUUUGAGAGGAAGCCCUGUAUCUAUAUUAAGAGCUGGUGGCAAGAUCAGAGAAGAAGACUGUACAAUGCCAACAUAAUAGACAACAUCGCAGAUAAGUUGGAAGAAGGGCUGAACGAUGUGCAGGAGAUCUUUAAAACAGAGAAAGCCUUUCCUGAGCGUAGACUGAGAGGGGUUCUAGAGGACCUGAGCCAUGGUUGCAGCAACUUUUUAGAACUGGCAAACAAGGACCAAAACCAAUCAGGGAAAACAAAACUGGACCGGGAAAGACUGAAAUCAUGCAUGAGGGAGCUGGAAAACAUGAGCCAACAAGCAAAGACAAUGCGAACUCAGGUGAAGAAAAAAACUGUGAAGGAUAAAUUCAAACAGGCACAAAUCUUCCUCCAGAAACUGAGAUUCUUGGCUGAUGAGCCUCAACACAGCGUUCCAGACAUUUACAUAUGGAUGAUAAGCAAUGGCAAGCGCAUUGCAUAUGCUAGAGUGCCAUCCAAAGACAUCCUGUAUUCUAAUGUGGAAGAAGAGACCGGGAAAGACUGUGGAAAAGUCAAGACCAUUUUCUUCAAACUCCCAGGUAAGAAGGGGUUUGGGCCAGCAGGAUGGACCGUGCAGGCGAAGACAGAGAUGUAUCUUUGGCUGGGCCUGACAAGGCAGCGCAAGGACUUCUUGAGUGGUCUACCAAAUGGAUUUGAGGAGAACAAAGCAGUGAAGGGACCUGGCAUGCAGUCAGCACCACCAAUCAGCCUGAUCUACACCAUGAAGCAGAUCUUCCAGCUGAGGGUGCAUCUGUAUCAGGCAAGAAGCCUGUUUGCAGCAGAUAGCACAGGCCUCUCAGAUCCGUUCGCCAGAGUCUUCUUUUCUACUCACAGUCAAGUCACAGAGAUACUGAAUGAGACCCUCUGCCCUACAUGGGACCAACUUCUGGUCUUUGACAAUGUUGAACUGUAUGGUGAAGCCUGUGAACUAAGAGAUGACCCCCCAAUUAUUGUCAUUGAGAUCUAUGACCAGGACACUGUGGGCAAAGCUGACUUCAUGGGCAGAACAUUCGCCAAGCCAAUAACUAAAAUGUCAGAUGAGCAUUAUGGGCCACCACGAUUCCCUCCUCAGUUAGAGUACUACCAGGUCUACAGAGGGAACUGCACUGCUGGUGAAAUGCUUGCUGCCUUUGAACUGCUACAGAUUGGACCAGGUGGAAAGGCUGACUUGCCGCCCAUCGAUGGACCCACUGAUAUGGACCGUGGACCAAUCCUUCCAGUCCCUAUUGGCAUUAGACCCGUCCUGAGCAAAUACCGCAUCGAAGUUUUAUUCUGGGGUCUAAGAGACCUGAAGAGAGUAAACCUGGCCCAAGUUGACAGACCACGUGUGGACAUAGAAUGUGCUGGAAAGGGGAUACAAUCAGCUCUCAUUCAGAACUACAAGAAAAAUCCAAACUUUAGCACUCUCGUCAAGUGGUUCGAAGUGGAUUUGCCAGAAAAUGAGCUUCUCCAUCCUCCUCUUAACAUUCGGGUGGUGGACUGCAGAGCCUUUGGCCGCUACACCUUGGUUGGCUCCCAUGCUGUCACCUCAUUGCGCAAGUUUAUUUACAGGCCAAGUGACAAGAGUGUUAACAACUGGUCUACUAUGGAGGAAAUUGUGAUCCACACAGAACCAGAACCUGCUGUGAAGAAGAUUGAGACAGUUGUCAAACUUGAUUCAGCAUCUGAUGCUGUUGUAAAGGUGGAUAUGCCUGAUGAUGAGAAAGAUGGAAAGGGGAAGAAGAAAAGAAAGAAAGGAGGAGAGGAAGCAGAAGAAGAAGAGCUAGAUGAGAGCAUGCUGGAUUGGUGGUCCAAGUACUUUGCGUCCAUUGAAACUCUAAUGGAGAUAAUGAGAGCCCAAGAGGCUGAGAAAGCAGACAGAGAGGAGGACAGAGAAGAAAUGGACCCAGAUGGAACAGAUAUCAAACCUGAUGAUUCUAAUACAAAAGGGAACAGGAAGAAAAAGGGAAAAGCCAAGGACAAGAACAAGGCUGUGCCAGGGGAGGGUCCGCACGAGAAGAAGAGACCCAAAAUUGAUGAACUGAAGGUGUUUAACAGAGAGCUAGAGAACGAAUUUGAACACUUUGAAGACUGGCUCCACACGUUCAACCUUUAUCGAGGGAAGAGUGGUGAUGAUGAUGAACAAAAUGCAUCAGAUGAAGACAGGCUUAUUGGAAAAUUCAAAGGCUCCUUGUGUAUGUACAAAGUGCCUAUGACAGACGACAUGGGUAGAGAAAUGGGCAUCGAUUCCAACAUGGGCAUGUUCCAGAACAUUCCACACAAUGAUCCAAUCAACAUCCUAGUUCGAGUCUAUGUCAUAAGGGCUACAGAUCUGCACCCUGCAGAUAUAAACGGAAAAGCAGAUCCAUACAUUGCCAUUAAGCUGGGAAAGACAGAGAUCAAGGACAAAGAAAACUACAUCUCCAAGCAGCUCAACCCAGUCUUUGGAAAAUCAUUUGACAUUGAGGCAACAUUCCCAAUGGACUCCUCCCUCACUGUGUCUGUCUACGACUGGGACUUGGUAGGCACUGAUGACCUGAUAGGGGAGACCAAAAUUGAUCUGGAGAACCGCUAUUAUACCAAGCACAGGGCUACGUGUGGUAUUACAGCAAGCUAUGCAAUCCAUGGCUACAACGUAUGGAGGGACCCAAUGAAGCCAACACAUAUCCUUGCGAAGCUUUGCAAGGAUGGCAAACUAGAUCCACCUCAGUAUGGCCCUGGAGGAAGAGUCAAGGUGGCAAACAGAGUUUAUACAGGACCAACUGAAAUUGAGGAUGAAAAUGGGCUGAAAAAACAAACAGAUGAGCACCUUGCUCUAGCUGUUCUUAACCACUGGGAGGACAUGCCACGAGUGGGCUGCAAACUUGUCCCAGAGCACGUCGAGACAAGACCUCUACUCAAUCCUGAUAAACCUGGGAUUGAACAGGGGAGAAUCGAGAUGUGGGUGGACAUGUUUCCAAAGGACAUGCCAGCACCAGGGCCUGCCCUUGAUAUUUCCCCAAGAAAACCAAAGAAGUUUGAGCUCAGGGUGAUUAUUUGGAACACAGAUGAAGUUGUGCUGGAAGAUGAUGAUAUAUUCACAGGAGAAAAGUCCAGUGAUAUUUUUGUGAGAGGAUGGCUAAAAGGACAACAAGAAGACAAGCAAGACACAGACGUCCAUUACCACUCCCUAACAGGGGAGGGAAAUUUUAACUGGCGCUUCAUUUACCCAUUUGACUAUCUAAUGGCAGAGGAGAAAAUUGUUAUCUCGAAGAAGGAAUCCAUGUUCUCCUGGGACGAGACUGAGUACAAGAUCCCUGCCCGUCUGAACAUACAAGUCUGGGAUGCAGAUCAUUUCUCUGCAGAUGACUUCCUGGGUGCAAUUGAACUAGACCUGAACAGAUUUCCUCGCGGGGCAAAAACGGCGAAACAGUGCACCAUCGACAUGGUUCUUAACGAACAAGAAAUGCCGAUGGUUAACAUCUUCAAGCAGAAAAGAAUCAAGGGUUGGUGGCCUUUUGUAGCCAGGGAUGAAAAUGAUGAAUUGGAAAUCACGGGAAAAGUAGAAGCAGAGCUGCACCUCAUGACAGGUGAAGAGGCUGAAAAAAGUCCUGUUGGUGAAGGACGCAAUGAGCCAGAGCCUCUGGAGAAACCAAACCGUCCUGACACAACUCUGCUGUGGUUCCUCAUGCCUCUCAAAGCUAUCAAACAUCUCGUCUGCAACAGCUACAAGUGGCUGAUCAUCAAAAUUGUGGUGGUGCUGCUGUUGCUGGCAAUGCUGGGAUUAUUCCUUUACAGCAUGCCAGGAUACAUGGUGAAAAAGUUGCUUGGUGCCUAAAAGGGAGUUAUAAUCAAUAUCUAUUUGAAAGUGGCCUCAUCCAUGAUUAGCUUCAAGUAACGUUAAGUCAUAUAUCUAAGAUCAAAAAACAUCUGCAAAUUCUAAGAAUUGUUUUUUUCACUUAACUAUUAGUAACCAAUCUCUCCAUGUAAUGUGUUGUGUAUAUUUACAGAAAUACACCUUUGGGUAGCAUUGCUUUGUCAUGGGUAUAGACACAAUUAAAAAAAGACAAGGGAGAGAAUAUAGUAAGUAAAUUAAAUCAGAUAUCUGAGGACAGGACAUUUGUUCAUGUUUGUAAAAUUUUUAAAAAUAUGAUUAAUAUGACUGUAAAUCACUGUAAAUUAAAAAUUCCAAACAAAAUGUAUUUUCUGACAAAGAAAAAACAACAAAAAAAGUCUCAAAAGUCAGAAGAAACCAGCUCUAUAUUUCAGGUAUUUGUAUUAAGAAUAGCAACAUGCAUAAUUCAUAAAACUCAGUGGCAAUGGAAGCUACACUGUGCAAAAUGUGCGUCCUAUUCAUAAAGCUGAAUUUCUCAGAACACUGCUCCUUACCACGUCAAUAUUUUUUAUACAUGGCCUUUGUAGACAUCACAAUCAUUAUACGAAUCAAAAUAAACAAGUAAAUCAGCUAACACGUAUUAAUAAAAACACAAGAUGAGAAGCAGAACUGUGUCUUUUCCUAAUGUAUUUCUGUUGAUUAAUCUGACUGGCUGAGCUAAAUAAAAAAUAUGUAAAAGACAUGACACUCAAUUCUCUAUUAAUAUGCUUAAAAAGCAAUCUCAAAAAAUAAGAUCAACUGCAGUUAUAGCAACAUACAUUACUUAAUAAUCAAUCUUAAUUAACAUGCUUAUUUUCUAUGUAGUUGUAAAGCUUGUCAUGACGUUUACUUUAAACUUACCACAAAACAUAGUAUUUUCCAUAAAUCAUUUAAGACAUUUUGACUUCUUACUGGAAAAUGUACUAUCAAUUGGGUCAAAUCUACAUAAUCUCUAAAAGAACAUGGAAAUGAUGGCGAACAUGAUAUUAGCAGAUACCAAGUUUAUGUUAAAUGAAUGAGCAAAAAUAUGUCUGUGAAUUUUAUAAAUCUGUCCUAGAAAAUUAGUUUGCAGUAAGAGUCAUAUUGUGCGCAGAAAGGGGCUUUUUUAUGCCUUUACCUUUUUGGUCAAGCCUUAAUGUAAUAUUUUAAUAUUUUAGUGAAAAAAUAGUUCAGAUAAGCCGAGCCCAGCAGGCACACCAGACUGGUGUCAGGAUGAUGUCCUAACAUUUUGGAUAUUUAACACCAUGACUUUAACAACAUUUCAGAAAUGAAAAUGAAUCUAAUGUUUAGUGGAAUUUAAUAUUAUGUUGUUUUUCCGUCAGUAAAAUGUCAUGUUGCAUGCACCUUUGGUAAAAAGCAGAAUUUUGGUUUAUUAAAAUCAAAAUUGAAUAAUCAAUAUUGGUGUUUAUUCUGAAGUAAAAAUGAGUAAAUUAUGUGCAUCGUUACAGACUUUAAAUAGCUGAUGUAUGAUUGAAGAGAAGCUCCGCUGCUAUGCUGGUAGUUGGAUGCGAUUCAUAUAACAGAAACUGGCCAAUC